AUGUCAACCGCAAAGGAAGUGAAUGAGCUGAAGCAGCAAGGUGUUGUUGAAGCUGCCGCGGAUCCUGAGUCUUCUGUCACCGCAGACGAUGCCCAGAGGAAGAUCGUAGAGUCAUCCCGGAACGCUGGUGUUGCUGCCUUCACUUUCGAUCCCGAUGCGAGUCCCGAGGAGAAGAAAGCUCAAGCUCAAGCUGCCAUUCCGGUGGAGCUUCAGCAAAGCAGACGGCCCAAGGGCGCUGCGAUUAUCACUGACGUCGACGAUGGCACUGGUCCCGUCGAAGACCUGCCAGAACCCACCAAAGAGGGAGUCUUGGAUGUCGCCCGCGACGAACAAGGCAAGCCGCUCGCAGAUGGCGCCGACCCUGAGGCCGAGGAGGUCCCUUACUCACGUACGGGAUGGUCACCACGAAUGGGAUGGCCAGCCGACGAUGCUACCGAACAGGAUAGUCUCCUAGAUCACGCGACAUGGGUUGAGGGAAAGCUUCCGGAUACUCUAUACGGCGACUGGUACCACAACACCGGCAUAAUCAUCUUCGCAUGCAUUUGCUCCUGGCUUGUUGCCGUCUUGGGCGGCGGUCUUGGCUGGAUCAUCAUCGUUAUGGCAUUCUGCUCGACCUACUACCGAACAUCUCUUCGAAGGGUACGACGUAACUUCCGAGACGAUAUCACUCGCGAAUUGGCUAUGAAGAGACUCGAUAGCGACAACGAGUCACUUGAAUGGAUCAACUCGUUCAUGGUCAAGUUCUGGCCCAUUUACCAGCCUGUGCUUGCCCAGACAAUCGUCAACUCUGUUGACCAGGUUCUAAGCUCUGCCACUCCUUCGUUCCUCGACAGUCUCAAGCUCAAGACUUUUACUUUGGGCAGUAAGCCUCCUCGUAUGGAGCAUGUGAAGACUUAUCCCAAGACCGAGGACGACGUUGUCAUGAUGGACUGGAAAUUUAGCUUCACCCCCAACGAUACCGCUGAUAUGACUGUUCGCCAGAAGGAAAACAAAAUCAACCCCAAGGUCGUACUCGAGAUCCGAAUCGGCAAAGCCAUGAUCAGCAAGGGUCUCGACGUUAUUGUCGAAGAUAUGGCUUUCUCUGGCAUCAUGCGCCUCAAGAUCAAGUUGCAGAUUCCUUUCCCUCACAUCGACCGUGUUGAAAUGUGCUUCUUGGAGCGACCGACCAUCGACUACGUCUGCAAACCUCUUGGUGGUGAUAGUUUUGGUUUCGACAUCAACUUCAUUCCCGGUUUGGAGAAGUUCAUUCAGGAGCAAAUUCAUGGCAACUUGGCCCCGAUGAUGUACGCCCCUAACAUCUUCCCUAUUGAAGUCGCAAAGAUGUUGGCUGGUUCUCCCGUUGACCAGGCCAUUGGUGUUAUCGCGGUGACUCUCCAUGGUGCACAGGGCUUGAAGAACAGUGACAAUUUCGGCGGAACUAUCGAUCCUUAUGCCUCAUUGAGUUUAAACCGACGCCAGGAGCUUGCUCGAACCAAGGUCGUUCCGGAUAACUCCAACCCCAGAUGGAACGAGACUCACUACAUCAUCGUUACUUCCUUCAAUGAUUCCUUGGAUAUGCAGGUCUUCGACCAUAAUGAUUUCCGCAAGUCCAAGGAGCUGGGUGUUGCCUCUUUCCCCUUGGAAAGCAUUGAAGAGCUCAAUGUCCACGAGAACCAAAGAUUGGAGGUCGUUUCCAACGGCAAGGCUCGUGGUGUUGUCACCUGUGAUAUUCGUUUCUUCCCCGUCCUCGAAACUGUCAAGAAUGCCGAGGGACAAGACGAGCCUCCGCCUCCUUCCAACCAGGGUAUUCUCCGAUUCACUGUGGAGCAGGCCAAGGAUUUGGAUGGCACGAAGAGCCUUGUAGGGUCGCUCAACCCAUACGCGGUCAUGUUCUUGAACGGUAAAGAGGUGCAUCAGACCAAGAAGUUGAAACGUACCAAUAACCCUAUCUGGGACAAUGGCUCAAAGGAGAUUCUCAUCACGGACCGAAAGAAGGCCAAACUUGGACUCACAAUCAAGGAUGACCGCGAUCUUGCAGGUGAUCAAGUUCUUGGAAAAUACCAAAUCAAGCUUGACGAGAUACUCGAGUGCAUGGAACAGGGCAAGGAGUGGUACAACUUGCACGGUGCCCAUACUGGCCGCGUAAAGAUGAUGGCUCAGUGGAGGCCAGUUGCCAUUUCUGGUGUGGCCAGCACCGGUGGCUAUGUCACACCAAUUGGUGUUAUGCGUCUUCACUUCAAGAAAGCCACUGAUCUCCGAAACUUUGAGGCGUUCGGCAAGUCAGAUCCGUACACACGAAUCCUGCUCUCUGGUAUCGAAAAGGCGCGAACUGUCACUUUCCGAAACGAUCUCAACCCUGAGUGGGACGAGGUUCUUUAUGUGCCCAUCCAUUCAGCUCGUGACAGACUUGCGUUGGAAGUGAUGGAUACAGAAAAGGUUGGCAAGGACCGGAGCCUGGGAAUGGUUGAGGUGUUCUCUGCCGAUUAUGUUGCGCAAGACGAGACUGGCGAGUACCUUGUUCACGACAAGAAGGAGCUUCGUGAAGAUGGUCUGCGUCUACAUGGCAAGGGCAUUGCCAAGGGAACUCUGCAUUACACCGUGGCCUUCUACCCUUGUCUCAAUGUAGCUGAUCCUGAAGAGGAGGAGGAGGAAGAGAAGGAGCGGGAGAAGGAGAAGGAGAGAGAAUCACAGAAGGACAAAGAUUCUUCAUCCGAAGAGGAGCCUUCCCUCAACCAGCAAAGAUCUAGCGAAGCUGGCAAGUUCAACGCCAGCUUGGGCAAGCCCGCUGAGAAUUAUCUGGAGCCCCCUACACCUACAACAGUGGGCCGCCCCUCCAUCGAUAUGCCCAAAGGUCCUCGCAAGGUCCGGCUCUCCCCCGAGGAGCUUCUCAAGUACGAGAGUGGUCUACUCAUUUUCAGGCUCAUGGAGGCCGAGAUGCCUGAAAGCCACGGACUUCUGGAGGUCCUUGUAGACGACAUGGCAUACCCGUCCUACAUCUCCUCAACUGCUCGUAGCAAGCAUCACAAGUUCGAGGAGAUUGGCGACUGCUUCAUCCGUGAGCUUGACUUCUCUCGCUUGACGCUUCGGGCUCGCAAGAAGGGCGAUGAUGAGGACGAUCUCAUGGCCUCGCUCGCGGGCAACACGUUGGAGACGCUCAAGCAAUGUUUGAACAACCCGACAAUUCUGAAGCUCAAGAGCGAGGACGGGCGCCCUGCGAGCGUCAAGGUCAGCUUGAAGUAUAUCCCAGUGAAGAUGCAGCUUGACCCAAGUGAGAGCAUUAAUAACAUGGGCACACUGCGUGUUGAUGUUCUCGAUGCUGUUGACUUACCUUCGGCUGAUCGCAAUGGCAAGAGUGAUCCUUACUGCAAGUUUGAGCUUAAUGACCAGGAGAUUCACAAGACCAAGGUGCAGAAGAAGACAUUGAGUCCCACAUGGAACGAAUACUUCGAGGUCAAUGUCCCCUCAAGAACCGCCGCGCAUUUCAAACUUACUGUGUGGGAUUAUGAUUUCGCCGACAAGCCUGACUUUCUGGGUGGCGCCGAUAUCAACCUUGAAUCUCUGGAUCCAUUCCGACCAUCAGAGACCAAGUAUCUCCUCGAUGGCAAGUCAGGAAGCGUUCGCAUCCGGCUCUUGUUCCGGCCUAGCUAUGUUCAGCGAGCACGACAAGGCACCUCCACAUUCGGCGGCACUUUCGCCUCAACUCCUGGACGUAUCGUCACUGGUGUUGCUGGCGCCCCUCUCAAGGGUGGUGCUGCUGUGGCAGGAGUUGUCGGCCAUGGUGUUGGCAGAGGAGCUUCGUUCCUCCGUCGUGGCAUCUUCAACAAGAAGGACAACAACGGUGACAUUAUGGAGGAAGACGGCGAGGCUUUUGAGCCCCAAGCUCUUACCUCUAACGGCACUGCUGGUACCAAUGGAGGUCUUCGCCGAUCACCCGCUAUUAACGAGGAAGACAGCCCGCCCCGUGCUCGGCCCUCUACCAGCAACGGUCAUGCUCGAGCGAAGAGUGUUGGACAGGCAUCUUCCCACAGCGGCAACCCAGCAGCUGCGCCAAGCGGCACUGCUUCGUUUACUGUUGUCGAAGCGUCAGGAUUCCCUCCUGCUUCUGACCUGUACGUCAUCAUCACACAGAUCAGUCCCAAGGAGAAGACAGUGGGUAAGACCAAGCACUUCAAGUCCAACAGUGGACAAUGGACCUUUGGCGACACAUUCAAAUUCCCAUGCUCGCCAGACUCGCAGUUCAAGAUUGAGGCCAAGGGACAGCACACAUUGCGUAGCGAUGAUGACCUGGGCGAGCACAUCUAUUUUGUUGAUGAGUCAGGCUCUUCCGUCGCCAAGGAACUAUCCGUGGGCAGCGGAACUGUUAUGCUUAAGAGCAGCUUCCAACCAGCUGAGUCAACUUUGGCCCCUGAUAGCCCAAAGGCCAACAUGCGCCGAAGUUUCAUGAGCAAGCGGGAGGGACGAAACAGCCGGGAACCGACACCAAACCCUUAA